UGCAGCAGCCCCUGUGGUUUCCCAGUUCAUCUGUCGCUGUCUGGAUAGUCUCAUUAAGGAAGGACAAGCGUGCAUGCCACAAACGAGUGUGCAUGCUGCUUAGUGAGCAAGAGAAGAGUGGUUGUGCACCAUUAUUCAGAGCCAGCCUGUGUGGGCAGAGCAGAGAAAGAGAACUGCAAGGGAAGGAAAGAAGAGGAAAAAGAGCAAGAGGAGAGCAAGGGAAGCUUGUGUGGUGGUGCUGGAUUCAGUCGUGAGACCCUCCUCCACCAUGGCUGCUGCAUAGGAAUCCAUCACCACGGCAGCGGUGUGCAUGAGGUGUAAGACGUAGGAGAGAAAGCAGAAUCUGUACAGAGAAAGAGUAAAAGCAAUACAGCAUGGCAGCUGAUGAAAAGCCUGGUGUUAAAAGCAGUACCUCCAUUCUGCCAUGCUUUCUUUUCGUGGAGCUGGUGAUCAUGGCAGGAACAGUUCUCCUGGCGUACUACUUUGAGUACACAGACACCUUCCCUGUGCAUAUCCAAGGUUUCUUCUGCUACGACAAGACGUUUUCCAAACCUUACCCAGGUCCGGAGGAGAAGAGCAAAGUGCCGCCUGUGCUCGUGUACUCACUGGUUACUGCUAUCCCUACCAUAACGAUUCUGGCUGGGGAGUUGAUGGCAUUCUUCAUGAAGUCAGAAGGAACACAAGAGAAGACUAUAGUUACGGCAGACUGCUGCUACUUCAGUCCUUUGCUGAGACGCAUCAUACGUUUUCUAGGUGUCUACUCCUUUGGCCUCUUCACCACCACUAUCUUUGCCAACGCUGGACAGGUGGUCACAGGAAACCAGACACCUCACUUCUUGUCAGCAUGUAAGCCUAACUACACAGCUCUUGGCUGCCACUCCAAUCUCCAGUACAUCACAGAGCGUCGAGCUUGCACAGGGAACCCACUCAUAGUGGCAUCUGCCCGUAAAUCCUUCCCUUCAAAGGAUGCAGCUCUGAGCGUCUACUCUGCUGUGUACACUGUGAUGUAUGUGACGCUGGUGUUCAGGACAAAGGGAACGCGUCUGACAAAGCCGACAGUCAGUCUGACCCUGCUGUGCCUGGCCAUGCUGGUAGGAGUAGUGAGGGUGGCAGAGUACCGCAAUCACUGGGCAGACGUCCUUGCUGGGUUCUUUACUGGAGGAGCCAUCGCUGUGUUUUUGGUGACCUGCGUGAUCAACAACUUUCAGCAAGCGAAGUCCUCUCCUCCACCUAUGCGAACCCAACGUCCAGAAUCCAUGCUGGGCAUGCCCAUGGUGGCUCUGCCUUGUGUGGAGAGUCCACUUGAAAAGUUAAGUGGCACUCAGACUCCAAGGGGAUCUCCAUUCACUGAGAUCACAUGACCAUCAGCCUUAUCGGUUCCCCGCCACUCCCGAUGUCCUCAUACCGUCUCGCUCCAUUUCCAGCGAAGUCUAGACCAGCCAUCUGACCAAUGCACCGCAGCCCACACCACUGGACGUUACACCACCCUCUACCGCUCCUACUCGACGCAGGUCUAGACAUUGUCCUCCUUGCUUCACUCUUCAUCUCCAUGCCCCCUUCAUGCUGCCCUCAGGUCUCUGGCACACUUCUCAAACAAACGAGAGGAUACUUUUUUGCUUCUGAAAUCUCAAUUAUCAAGACUUGUCCAGGAGUUUAAAUUGUUUAAAAAAUGUCUAAAAUUUCCAGACAUACAGGCUUGACAUUGGCAAGAUCUUUGAAUUCGUUACAGUUUGCUUGAGUAGUGCGUAAUAGCCUUUGGACCACCCAAUGAUAUUUGGCCCUAAAUCCAUCCAACCUUUUCCCAGGGGAACCGAUAUGGAGUCCAUGUACUGGACUUCUGAGAACAAAACAAAAAAAAGACUAGUCCUGUGUCUGAUAGGCCUCUUUUUUUGUUUCAUUAUAGUGCGUUUUUAAUGAAGAGGCAUGUUUAAAUAGUGUUUUCUGUAUAGCAUUCGGUGUAAAUAAUGUAUUUAAGGUUGGAAUUUAACAACCGUGCCAGCAAAUCCUACUGAAAUCUAACAAAAGGUUACCCAGACUCUUUCUAAUUCAUCAGCGUGUAUGUUGUGAAAAACGGAAGUUUAUUCUGGUGGACAGAACAUUUUUUAUUAACCUAUUUCAGUAUGCUUUGGUUCAGUUUUUGCAACAAUUUUCAAAUCAGUGCACAUGUCCUUUCUCUCAUAAAUAAUAGGCAGCUUAAAACAGUGAAUUCAACACAUUUAUAAUUGACAAACCUCAGCAGCUGGACAGCGAUCUCCUCCUGUCACAGUAAAUAUUCAUUGCUUGGUUCUUUUUCGAGGAUUUUCCCACCAGCUCCUAGAGUGUGGCAGAUUUAGCUUGUUAACAGCGAUGACACCAUUCUGACGCAAUGGCAUUUUCAUCACCCUUGUUCCCGGGAAGAGCUUGUCUCAGACACAACAGCGCUCUGUCAGAUUCAACACCCACCACAGUUUUGAGAGUUCAAAGCCAACACAUGUCUGUUUCUCAGAAAAGCCCAAACCCAGGACCAACAUGGCAUUUGUGUCAGUUCAAUGUGCUGUGGUUAAAAUGCAUUGAGCUGUCACUCUCACACAAUUUUAUUAUUAUUUUUUUUGUACAUUUAAUUACAGUUCUCUCUCACUAGCUUGUUUACUCUUGGAUGCUCUGAUCUGAUACAGGUUGAUGUGGAAUGGACAUCAGCUGGUUAGCACAAUUUCCCAGCAUUCCUUCUUUAAAAGGGAUUUUCAUGACAGCUUCGAUUAAUUAUUGAGUUGGAUUCAUUCGUUUUUUGUAAAUUACGUGUUAUGAACAGCACUAGUUUUCACUUAGAGUGACAGUUUUGCUGCUUUUAAUUUGCACAAUGCUUUAUGCACCUGUAUUACUGUAUUUUCCUGAAAUUCCUUUGUAUCUGCUCUCUUUUUGACUACGUACAUUUUCUUCACUGUGCUGUGUAAGGUAAUAUAUAUUCUGGCCCAACACUACCACCAUGCUUACAAACACAACCGCACACACUUUGCACACUUUGUCAAACCUUUAUUCUAAUACUUUAUCCAGCUGUCAUCCUUUCUUACAUAUAAUGAUUGUACAGUUUUGUAAAUAUAUCUUUUUGUUAAGAAAAAAACAAGAGAAAGCAGAAAUUUGUGUGUUUACACUGGCACCUAUGUGCACCCAUAGUUACUGUAGUAUUCUAGUUAGCGUUUUAACCAUGGAACUAAUCAUCAUCUGUAUUUUGGGAAAUAAAAAUGGAAUGGAUCAGUUUAUAGGGUGUUUGGACAGUGAAGCCAUUUUCAACGCAGAUGUGUAUGGUAGCACCUGACCAAUAACCUGUGAAGUACAAUUAACCUCAAAUUUUAUUAUGGGAGAAACGGGUAAGAUGAGCCAUUUUUACUUCUUUAUUUGUCAAUCUAAUCAAUUAUGAUCUAGUGGCAAUGCACAAAGCUUAAUGCAAGUAUUACUAACUUCAGCUGUGAGCAUUUGUAUUUAACUAAAAUACAUUUUAUGGAUACACAGUUCACUUUUUUAUGGUUUACCCCAGGUGAGAGGUCACGUGAGUCAAUGAGUGGUUAAGGUGUUAAAUUAUUGUACUUAACAUGGACUCGUGUCUUUACUGAUAUUGGUGCUUUUCUGCUCUUGGUGCUUUUAGCUCCACCUUGUGUAAAAUGUCCAGUCUACAAUUUCUAUACAAAUCCAGGAUGCACAAAGCAUUUUUUUUAUAGAAAAUUACUCAUAUGUUAACAGGACAUAACUUGCAUUGAAUCCAUAAUUGUAUAAUAAAACACUGAUUUGUAUCUUAACAUCCAGACAGAGUGAACAAAGAAAUGUAAUCUAUAAAUGUUUUCAUAGUGUGACAUUACUACUACUGCAUAACCUAUGAGCUAAAGUGCAUGUUCAUUUGUACAAUACACAUAAUGUAUUGUGUAGUGUGUCAGUGAAUCAUUUUACCCCAAGCCUGAACGAUCAUCUUAUUACCAACAUUCUGUUAAACUGAAGAGGGCUAACUUGCCUUUUUUUUUUUUUGCCUUGCCAGUGUCUUUCUGUCACAUCACAGAUUUGAAACAGAAGCAACAAUUAUUUAUUUGAAAAUAACACAUUUCUUUUCAAAUUUUCUUCAAUUUCAGAGCAAGACAAAAUCACAUUUUGAACAUAAAUCGCUUGCUACUUUCUCCAUGUAUUCUUUUGUACGUUGAGUGGCUCAUCUUACCCAUUGUCUCAACUGCCUUGCUAAGGUUUAUUGGAUAAACAUACCUGCCAUCUACUGUAACAUUUAAUCACUAUAGAAAAAUACUAUUAAAAAAACAGUCAUUAUGAUAUGAACAUCAAAGCUGAUGAUGGUUGUGAUUUGUCAACCUGAAUUUGACAUGCAGUCAAGAAGACACGAUAUUGGAAGUGAUUUUGUGCCACAAUUUUGUACUGGUUUUGAGAAUCUGCUGUGAUGGGACCUUCUCUGAAUAAUGUGGAUCAGGUGAGGUUUUAAGCUUAGCUGAGGUGUUCUG